AUGUUUCGCUCUCUCAUCGCUCUCGCGGCUGUCUCCGCUGUGCUUGCGUGCCCGCAAGACAAUUCGAACGUCCGCGUGGCUGGUCUCCAAAAACGUGCUGAGGAGGUUGCACCUUCACCAUGGACCUAUGAAGGGGCUAGGACUUGGGGGAACACUGCUGGAGUCAAUGGCUCUGAGGUGUGCCAACUUGGCAUGACUCAAUCCCCUAUAAAUCUUCCGUUUGGUCAAUACUCAAGAGUUCAUAUUCCUACGCUGAACUACACAACUGUCUCCGGCAAGCUCAGUAACUGGGGAUACGGAAUCCAAUUCAUGUUGAACAAGACCAAUGGCCGAGACUACACCGGCAACCCAACUCUGACCGACGGUGAACAGGUCUACUACUUGCACUCAUUCCACACACACACUCCGUCCGAACACCGCAUCAACGGUGAGCGUAGCCACGGAGAAUUGCAUCUCGUUCACGCGGACGCCGAGGGGAAGCCCAAAGGAGUCCUUGGUCUUCGCAUCAACCCAUCUGAGAACGAAUCUCCCUUCAUCGCCCAGGUUCUCGGAUGCCCCGGUGUCGACUCCACCGCCGUGAAGUACGUGGAGAACAUCGACAUGGUCAAAGCCCUGGACGAGGUCGACCACGUCCGCAAGUUCUGGACCUACAAAGGCUCCCUGACGACUCCUCCUUGCGGCGAGGGCCUCCGAUGGUGGGUUGCCGAAAACGUGUUGCAGGUCAGCGAUACGCAGAUGCAGAACCUGCUGGGCGUCAGCCUGUACAGUUCGCGCACGGAACAGAAUGUCUGGCGCCACGACGUCAACCAGUUGUGA